UGCAGCGCGCCAAUAUGCUAUCAAACACAGAAGUUCAGCAGCUCCACUCCGUGUCUUGCAGCUGACCCUCGUUUGGCGAUACCUUGACAGUGCGGGUGGUUGACCACAGUUCAGUCUGCUUGGAUCAGAGGACAAGUAGAUGUGUCCACCUUGCGCUCCUAAGACUCUUCAGGAACGCUGGGUCCGAAUUUGUUGGAUUCGAGUCAAGACAUCGCCUCUCCUUGUCACAAGCUGUAGAAACAUUGAUUAACUUUUGUUCCUCCAUCGCAGCUGUUUUCAGAACAAGGAUUGUUUUACAUUGACCAGUCGUUUGACAUCCCAGCUCCCGUGUCUUGAACUGAGGAUGGGUCGCUGAUCCCGGAACCCCUGUGCGAUCUAUCAGCUCUGUGAUUGGUCCGUUCUGGUUCCAGUCACUACCUGCUGCCAUGGCGAAGAGCCCUGAGGUGAAGCUGGCCGUUUUCGGAAGAGCAGGAGUGGGUAAAUCAGCUCUAGUGGUGAGGUUUCUGACCAGACGUUUCAUCUGGGAGUAUGACCCAACGCUUGAAUCAACAUAUCGCCAUCAAGCAACCAUAGACGAUGAGGUUGUGACCAUGGAGAUCCUUGACACAGCCGGACAGGAGGACACGCAGCAGAAGGAGAGCCACAUGCGAUGGGGCGACGGCUUCGUCAUCGUAUAUGACAUCACUGACAGGGGCAGCUUCAACGAAGUGGCUCCUUUGCGGGGCCUCCUAGAGGAAGUCAAGAAACCCAAGAAUGUCCCGUUGGUUUUGGUGGGCAACAAGGCCGACCUAAACCAUGCCCGGCAGGUGGGCACAGAGGAGGGCGAGCGGCUGGCCGCCGAGAUGGCGUGCGCCUUCUACGAGUGCUCGGCAUGCGCCGACGAAGGCGGCAUGGUGGCGGAAGCAUUCCAUGAGCUGUGUCGCGAGUUGAGGCGCCGCAAGGCGGUCCAGGGCAAGGCCAGGCGUCGUAGCUCCACCACCCACGUCAAGCAGGCCAUCAACAAGAUGCUGACCAAGAUCAGCAGCUAGGGGGAGCCUGUGAGCACACUUCACAAAGAGGAUAAACUCAAGACGAACUAAAAAACAAAGUGACUGAUUUCAAGGGUUUAGAUGUGUGGAAAUAUAUCCUACAGCCAUCCAAGCUGCUAAGGAGCAGGAAUAUUAAAUUAUGAAUGAACAGCGAACCUCUUCAUACUUAGUAUCAAUGCACAAUCAAUGAAGAUUUGCAUUGAUACGGAGUGUGUCGAAAAUCGCUCUUCAUUCAAUAUUGAUUCUAAAGGGGAAUGCUGUUGGCUAUUAUUACUUGCUCUUUGACCAUGCUCCACAAUUAAGGUCAGAAGCACAAAGGGGAACAUAAUAAUCACAUGAUGGGAACUACUUUGUCCCUGAGGGAGGUGAAGAUGCUUUUGUUUCAUAGCCAACUAGGACAUUUCUUUAUGCUGCCAAAGAAGAAGGUAGAGUCCAUUAUUCAGAAGUCCCAAUUCUCAGAAAUUCACCCUUCCUUCUUGAGCGGUGGUGAAUACCCCAGUUUUGUGUCCAUAGCUCCACCAACUUUAAACAAAAUAUACAAAAUAAUGUCCGUCAUGAACCCACCCUUUGUUUAUCAGAAAUGAUGAACAAACGAGUUGUAGUUUCCUCUCCCUGUAGCUUGUUUGUGGGAUAAUGUUUUGAUAUGCUCUAGGCCAGUGUUUCCCAACCUUGGUCCUCCAGUACCCCCAAUAGUACACAUGUUUAUUGUACACCUAGACAACCACAUCUGAUUCAACUUGUCCUUCUGGUCCUUCUGUGGCUCAGUUGGUAGAGCAUGGCGCUUGUAACGCCAGGGUAGUGGGUUCGAUUCCCGGGACCACCCAUACGUAGAAUGUAUGCACACAUGACUGUAAGUCGCUUUGGAUAAAAGCGUCAGCUAAAUGGCAUAUAUUAUUAUUAUUAUUAUUAUUAUUAUUAAUAAUCAAGCUCUCAAUAAGUUGAAUAAGGUGCUUUAGUCCAAGGCUACAAGGAAAACGUGUACUGUACACGAAGACCAGUGUUGGGGAAAAUGUACCUUUAAAUUGUAAACUAUGUAUAAUAUUGCCUUUAUCAUUGGUCUCAAAGGAGUGUACAGUACAUAACCCAGAGGCAUACAAAAUGGUGGACAUGUCUCCUGUAUUUUAACCAAAUGCUGUUUCUUUCUUCUCCAAUGUACCCGACCUGUCUCUGAGUUUUGAGAAUGGGGAUAAAAUGGACAAAUUUGCAGUGCAAUUUUAAUAAACAUUAGAUACAUGCAUAUCCAAAACGAGUUUGAAAAUGUAUCUUUUCUGAUUCAUCUUCAACAGUAUUGUUGUCAUGCAAUAACAAAUGUCAUUGUUUGUUAUUUUGACAGUAUAACAAAGAGCAUGUAUUUUAGAGCAGGUACGCCAAAUAAAAAUGUGAUUCACAUGUA